AUGCCACUUCUGCCUAUCAUUACCAUGGCUCCUCCGUUCAAUGCAGAGCAGAUUGGAUCUCUGAUGCGACCGCCGGAGCUCUUAGCUGCCCGUUCCGCCGCAGGUUUAAUAACUACAUACUCCCAACUGACCAAGGAAGCCCGAGAAGCGACAGAAACCGCGAUUGCCCAAGUCGUAUCAAAGCAGCUUGAGCUCGGAAUUCGGCCAGUCACGUCCGGAGAGUAUGAGCGCGACAAAUUCUAUUCUGGGUUCUUUGAAACCCUCGAAGGAAUGGAAAUUGCCCAUGCGAUCCCAAUCCCGGAAGGAUAUAGGACGAACUUCCCAACCCUAAAAACACUCAAGUCCCUUGGAAUUACGACUCGAGACUCGAUCAUUGCCGUCGAUCGCAUUCGUCAUACCCGUAGUGCUUAUAUGUCGGAGUGGCAGUCUCUGCGUCGCUUCGUUCCAGAGGACAUGUGGAAAGAAUGCAAAUUGACAAUGCCGCCAAUCACGCACAACCAUAUGCAGAUGGCAGUAGGCACCGCAUAUCGCAAAUCCGCCUACACUUCCGACCGAGAGUAUUUCCAAGACCUGGCACAGGCUUAUAAAGCGGAAUUUCAAGCACUCUAUGAUGCGGGGCUGCGGUCAAUUCAGAUUGACGACCCGAAUCUAUUAUUCUUCGUGACCGAUGAGUUUCGUUCAGGUUGCGAAGAAGACGGAAUUGAUCCCGACGCGAUGCUUGAUGAAUAUAUCUGGGCUCACAACCAGUGUCUUAUCGCAAAACCUGGCGACCUCCACGUGGGCUUGCAUCUCUGUCGGGGCAACAUGGCUGGUUCCAAUCAUAUCAUAAAUGGAUCAUAUGAGCGUAUCGCAAAGACAAUGUUUACCGACUUAGCAUAUGACACAUACUACCUCGAAUAUGACACCGAGCGAGCGGGUGAUUUUGAACCAUUGCGGCAUUUACCAAUAGGAAAGAAUGUUGUUCUGGGGGUGGUUUCAACCAAGUUGCCAAAUCUGGAGAAUUUAGAUGAGCUAGUUGCUCUAGUGCAUUCUGCUGCCGAGGUAAUUGCUCGUGGACAAGGACGAAGUGUCGAGGAGGUUAUUCACACCUCUCUUGGGGUUAGUCCCCAGUGUGGCUUUGCCAGUAUGAGUUUAGGAGGAGGACGUGGGAUGACAAUGGACGGUAUGUGGGAGAAGCUCCUGCUCGUGCGACGAUUAGCCGAGCAGAUCUGGAACAGACCAUACAGAGGGUGA